ACAACAAAUUGUUUUUAAAAAUUGUUAAAAUACCUUAAAUUAAAAACGUGUUUAUGAUUGGGUACAUACCGUAAGUAUUUACCCAAGUUCAAUAUACCAUUUAUUGACUCUUUGGGUAUAUACCCAACUUUCAAUAUACCGGGUACUUGCCCAUCACUGACCUGAGCCACAGCAACGCGGGUCUGCUAGUUUUUAUAUAAAAUAUACGUAUAUGCGGUAUAUUAAAGCUACUUUUAAAUAUUUCUAUAACAUAAAUAUUUUAAAUUAAAUCAUUAGGUUAGAGGUAUAGUAAAUGAUGCCGAUUCCUCUCAAUCAGAAAAAUUAGAGAAACAAGUUCUUGAAUUGUGGGACAGAAUAUAUCAAUCCUGGAUGACUUCUAAUGAUAAAAAUGGCCCAAAAGUGACUGAAGAUGCUGUUAAAUCAUCAUGGGAUGCUUUUGUAACAGAUAUACAAAAAUCGCCAGAAAUGUUUAAUAUAAAUGGUCUAAUUGAUUUUGCUAAACAGAAUGUGGGUACUCUAAUGUCCCUUCUAGAAUCUGUCUGGAGUAUAGUUAUUAGCAACAUUAGUCUCAUUGUGGGCUCAUUUAGCACUUGCCUCUCUAUUGUACUUGGAGGUGGAACUGCAGUGUUAAAUUUUAUUGUAAAUAUGAUAGUUUUUCUUACUACACUAUUUUAUUUACUAAACUCUAGUGGAAAUUAUUAUAUACCAGUUGAGCUUAUGACAAAAUUUUCUCCAAGUGGCAAAAGGCUGGGUCAAGCCUUGGAAGCUGCAAUAAACAGUGUGUUUUCAGCCUCAUUUAAGAUGGCAGCAUUUUAUGGAAUGUGGACUUGGUUUAUUCACAAUCUCUUUAAUGUCAAAAUUGUAUAUUUGUCUUCAGCUUUUGCUACCAUAUUGGGGGCUGUACCAUUUUUGGGAACAUAUUGGGCAUGCAUACCAGGAAUUCUAGAUUUGUGGUUAUCCCAAGAUAGAUGGAUAGCUGCUAUUUUAUUUGCUGGUUUUCAGUUUUUGCCUACUUCCAUUGUAGAUACAGCUAUUUAUAAGGAAAUUAAGGGUGGCCAUCCUUAUUUAACUGGUUUAGCUAUAGCUGGAGGAAUAUUCUGUCUAGGUGUUGAAGGUGCACUUAUAGGCCCUUUGCUUCUUUGCGGUCUCUAUGUAGCUAUAGACCUGUCCUCCACUUUAUUUAAAGAAUCUCCUACCGAUGAUCCAGUGGAUCUUGGAUUACAUCAAUUGCAACAUAACUAACCAGCUUAUAUAUAUUUUAAAAUUUAAAUCAUCAUUUAAUUGAUAUGUGGAAUGCUUAUUUGAUGAAUGUACCAAAGCAAAUAGUUGUGGUAACUACUGUGAUUCUAAACUAUUUUAACCACUAAAAUGUUCUUUUAACUUGUUUGUUGUGUUUUAAUUUUAUUUUCUAUUAAACAGAUUUUAU